AUGAAAUCCUCCACCAUUGCGCUGCUUAGUAUGCUUAGCCAUGGAAUGGCCUUGCCCACACCCCAGGCAACCGAGGACCAAGCGCCUAAUUUAGAUGCGCCCACUACAUGUUCCAGCAACCCAGGCACUGCAGUCUUCCCAAGCAUGGCCGGCUAUCCAGGCUUCAUGGGUGGCUGGCCCGGUGUUCUGGGCACUGCACCCUCCUCUGGCACAUACGGCAAUUCUGGUUUCUAUGGAUUCCCGGGCUUCGGUGGCUUCGACGGGUCUCACAGCAUGCCUGGAGGUGGUGGCGGAGCACCAACGGGAUCAAUCACGGCAGGACCUGCUGCAGCCAGUUCCCCUGGCUUCGGUGGUUUCCCUGGCUUUGGUGGUUUCCCUGGUUUCGGUGGCUCCUCUGGCUUCAGUGGAUUCCCAGGCUUUAGUGGAUUCCUAGGUUCUGGUGGAUUCCCCAACUUCUUUGGUAGUAGCUUGAACCCAAGCACUACUACCCAAGGAGGCAUUUCGCACAAUGCCUGCACUCCUGUGCCACACCCCCUUACUAAAGGCGAAGAUUUGGAAGACGGGCCAGAAAAUGCAAAAGCGGAUGCUCCUCAGUCAACACCCAAAGACGACCGCCCGGCCGAUAAUCCUGACAAGGCCGAGAUGAUUGACGCCACGAUAGAACACAUUGAUGCACCUCAGGCGGCUACAGCAGCCGCUGUACCUUCUCCCACGGCAGCGCCCUAGAUUGAGUGAUGGUGCACCGGGCAUGGGGAAAUCUCGAGCCUCAACUCCUACAGGGAAUACGGAAGUAUUUACUGAGUGACUUUCGAUCGUGGCUUUUGAAAUGUGAGGGAGUGAUGUGCCCCUAACUUUGCUUGUAGUGCUGUUAUCGGAUAGUGUUGGGGAAUUAAUGGGAAUGUUAUUUGGGCCAACAU